GACGCUGGCCUUAUUGUCAUCAACGCAGUCAGCCAAAGCACACACUCUCACUCAUUGCUUUCCUGUAUCCUUACUUGUGCUUCUUCCAUUGCAUACUUCAAGAUCUGCACUGGACAAAUCUCAGCCAUGAGUGAUGAUGAAGACAAAUAUCGAUUCAUCUCGGAUUUUUUUAAUGAGACCUAUGACGCAACUGACUACGUGGUCAAUACAACUGUCCAGCUAUGUGAAAAGACAUCUGUUAACCAGUUUGGUGCAAAAUUCAUCCCAUUUUUCUACUAUGUCAACUUCCUCCUGAGUUACAUUGGUAACGGGCUUGUCCUUUUCAUCAUCUACAAGUAUGAGAAGCUGAAUACAGUGACAAACAUCUUCCUCCUGAAUUUGGUUCUCUCCAACAUUCUGUUUGCCUCCAGUCUCCCUUUCUGGGCCACAUAUCAUCUGUCUGAGUGGAUUUUUGGCAUGGUUCUAUGUAAGAUGGUCAGUAGCGCAUACUUCAUUGGUUUCUACAGCUCCAUCCUUUUCCUCACACUCAUGACAUUUGACCGAUACCUCGCAGUGGUACAUGCAGUGGCAGCUGCCAAAAGCAGGAAAAAGGCUUAUGCCUUCAUUGCCUCAGUGACAGUUUGGUGUGUGAGUGUUGCAGCAAGUGUAAAAGAUCUAGUUCUUAGAAAUGUGUGGAAGGAUCCAUUAAAUGGACUAAUGUGUGAAGAGUCUGGAUAUCCUGAGAGCACCAUGGACCGCUGGCACCUUGUCAGUUACUACCAACAAUUUCUUCUCUUCUUCCUCCUCCCACUAAUUCUGGUGAUGUACUGCUACAUCAGCAUCACAGUGCGCGUCCUGUCCACCCGCAUGAAGGAAAAGUGCCGCACCAUUAAGCUAAUAUUUGUCAUCAUCUUCACCUUCUUCACCUGUUGGACACCCUACAAUGUUGUCAUCCUCCUCCGAGCUAUUCAGAUUUCCAGCACCAGUGAGGAAGUAUCGUGUUCUGAGUCAGAGAACUUGGACUAUGCCUUGUAUGUGACCCGAAACAUAGCCUAUUUGUAUUGUUGUGUCAGUCCUGUGUUUUACACAUUUGUAGGGAAGAAGUUCCAGAGUCAUUUUAAAAGGCUAUUGACAAAGAAGAUUCCCUGUCUGAAAAGACACUUUAACCUCAGCAGCCAGAGCACCAAAACCACAUCACAGAGAUCACCACACUCUGCUUAUGAAUACUAAACACACACUUACAUGUUGGUCAUACUCGUGUUAUGGAGGCACUCAUUGAUGUAAGGCCUUCUCUAACCCUUACCCUAACCCUGACUACAGGACUUAAAGUGAGAAAAAAUCCUCAGCCUGAACUUCUAAGAUCCAAUUUAUAAUGUCAAUAAACGUAUUUAAAUGUGUUUUAAAACUCACUAAAACACAAUAUAUAUGAGAUUCUAUUAAUUCAGAGCAAAUAUGAGGUCAUCUGGUGGAAAUAAUGCCCAUUAUGAUCCCACUAUUUUAUUGUUGCUCAAAUGUAAAACCUUACUUGGCCAAAACUUAACGCAUUUUAGAAAGUGCCCCAAGUCUGAUUUUUUUUGUGUUGAUGUUUCAAUACCACAUCACUAUAAUUGCAAAGAUUUAUUUUAGUGUAAAGGGGAAAAAAUCAUGAAAAUCAAGUACAUGUAUUAUUAAUAACUUUUAAUAAUUUUUAUCUCUUCAGUAGAUUUGACAAGAACUCAAAACAACACCAACCACAACAGAACUGCUACUUUACUAUGCUGCUUUCCUUCAUAAGGCACAAUUUUUACUUACAACAUUAUCUCAAGUGUCAGUCUCAAGAGAAUAUUAAGUGCUUGGAGAAUACUGUUGGAAAAAUUCAUUUCUUUUUGCUUUUUUGCUUUGUUUGUGAAUUUUCUGAACAUUUUCUUUUUAACAUGUUGUUCAAAAUGUUGUUUGUUGAAAUAAACUGCAAAACACAGACAACAGAAUUAACUUGUUUAAUAUUCUCUGGAACACUACAAGAGAAUAAACUGUCAUAUGUCACUUGCUAUACCAACUUUGUAUUUAAGCAGGUAAUAAAAGUACUAGUAUUAACUCUUAAA